GGACAUCGGUGUGGGCGAACACCGGGUCAAUCCUCUAGACUCUCGAUGGUUGGUUCCGUGUGGUCAGGACGACCUUCCAAUUUUGUCAGAAGUCGAAAGGAAGGGGGUAUUUGGGGUUGAAUCCUUCGAGUGCUGCUCUGUCUUUAGUGAGUAUGAAAGGUUCAUGUGAAAUUUUGCUCCAUCAGGGUUUGGAAGGUGCUUUCCGGCAGCGCCAGGUUAGUUUGUCCACUUGAUUUCCAGCAGUCCGACUGAUUCGCGGUGAGAAAUCGAGAUUCUGCACCUUCAUUCACUCGCUCGAUCGCUCUUAAGGAAUUCGUCGUAGCGUGCUGGCUCCUCUCGACGUUGGGGCCAAACGUAGGAGUGGCAGUGUCCAGAUCCGAGUUUCUACUGGGGGUCUGGAGGUAAGGUCUGCGGGCAGGAAGCCGGAGCCCCCGAGAAAUUUGGAAAAGUGGACAGGGUAUGGACGUGGCUGGAUCCCACUUCGAUCCUUCAGUCCUCGAGACCGGACUCUUUGUGCAGGCUCGAGGACCGUGGUCUCUCGUAUCGUCUGCUGCAGCCAACUCGACCGAAGGUCACACACCCUCCGUCUCCACUUCUUGGCACACUUCUUCGGCCGAAUGGAUUUCCAGAUCCACAGCAUGAUCACCUGAAUGGCAGAGUCACCAUGAGGGGGCAUUUGGGGUUCGGGUGCCUGUCGAGGUUUACAGUGGGUUUAGGUGAUCCGCAACAAUGUCUGGAUCGAGCUCGCAGCUCGUGAAUUUCUGUCGCCACGCGCCUCCUCGCGAAUCUGGUGAAAGGUCGACAUCCAGAGAUUUGCUAACGAGGUGGGUUCAUUGGACUCUGUUUCAGCUGCAGCACGAAGUAUCAUGCCAGUAAGUAAACGAGAUAUCGUCGUCGUCGGCGACGUCGACUCCUCUGAUUUCUACGGCCAAUAACACAAUCAUGUAGGAUACUCGGCUGGUCAUGUGCAAGGAUGCCGAUCUCGAAGCUUCAGCAACUGAGCUGCUGCUGCUGCUACGACAGAGUCGGAGGAGGAGGAGGAGGAGGCCAUUCGAGUUCCAAGUGGUCGUUCAAACGGCUGGUGGCUCUGAUCUUGGCCGUGUUCUUCGUGUACGUAGCGGUUUCCGCUGCGCUAUCGCAGCACUGGCAGAUUCAGGCAACCUCUCACGAAGCCACGUUCGUGCCCGAGGUAGAUGCGGAUGGGCAUCAUCACAGCGAUGGCAAGGACAAGGGCGAGGGAACGGGGACGGGGAUCAGUGCAGCGUGGUCGCUCUUAGAGAAAACUCGUAGAGCUGUGCAGGUAGCUGGCGGGGUGCCGGGCACGACAUUGUCAGACGAGGACAGGCAGCAAUGGGAGUCGGUGUGUCCGUGCCAUGGUCGAGACCAGCUGCGCUCGUUGUGGCUGACGAGGAAGGAAGGGUCGACCAAGAGAGCACCUCGGGAGCCAUCGGGCGAGCUGCACCUGCUGUUUCAAGAGUACUCCAACCUUCACAGGACGUGCACCCGUGGCGGUAACAUGACUCAUGUCUUAGAGCUUUACGAGCAGCGAGCGAAUCGAUACGAUUGCAAGUUUCUGGUGGUGGAAUUCGGAGUGUAUGGAGUGGGCAACCGCCUCCUCUGGCUGGCCUCGGCCUACUUAUACGCCCUCCUGACGCAGAGAGUGCUUCUAAUCGACACCCGGGACACAAUUCACCAGCUUCUCUGCGAUCCCUUCCCGGGCUCGUCCUGGGAACUCCAGCCCCAUUUCCCCUUCUCCUCGGCCCAGCGAUGGCCGAUGCCGGACGCCUUUUUCCAAGUGUGGGAUGCCUGGGAGCGCGACGAAAGAUCGUACAAGGCGUACAUGGCCGAGAUGGCCCGAAAGAACGGGACAGAGGAAAGGCGAGCGGACGACGACGACGAUGCAUCCACCGGCCGCAGCACGACGAAGAGGAGGAGCCUUCUUCUGAGCGGGCCGACGAUCUUCGACAGGGCGCAGGCCAACGAUGGGUGGUCGCCGAAUCCGAGGUUCUUCUGCGACAAGGACCAGCAGCGGCUGCAGCAAGUGCAGUGGAUGAGUCUGAACUCGGGGUGCCUCUACUUCCUGCCCGACCUCUUCGCCAUGGCCUCGUUCAGGCCUGCGCUGGAGGCGCUGUUCCCCGAUCGAGACCCUCUGACGCACCUCCUUCGGCAAAUCGCGCUCCCCGUCGAUUCGGUCUGGAACAGAGUGUUCUCGGUGCACAGGGCGCACUUCCAGUCGUCGAGGAAAGUGGUGGGAUUGCAAGUGCGGUUCAGGGAUGGCGGAGGCAUGUACCGCGCGCUGAACGACAUGGUGAACGAGAGGAUCACCGCGUGCGGCCGAGAGCACGACAUCAUUCUGAAUCCAGCAGCCGGCGGCGGUAGCAGAGACGAGCCGCCGCUGGUGAUCUUCAUCGCCUCGCUUCACACGGGGCUGCAGCGCCAUCUGCGCGAGUUCUACGCGGAUCUGCUCGAGCGCCAGAUGCUGACGGGCAAGGCGACACUGAAGCUGCUGCAGCUGUCGCACGCCGGAUUCCAGGCCUUCGACCUGGACGGCGACUUCCAAGCUUUCGCCGAGCUCGUCAUCCUCUCGCUCUCGGACGAGAUUCUGACAAGCCCCAUGUCGACCUUCGGCUACAUCGCGCAGGCCUACGGCGGCCUCCGACCGUGGCUCAUCGAUUUCGACCUGCACUCGUCGACGAGCUGCCGGCGAGGUCAGUCCUCCGACGCCUGCUACCAGAUGGCACUUUCGAGCUUCGCUUGCCCAGCCGACCCCGACAUUAACGGCAAGCGCUUGCAGGAUGUCGUGCCCUACCUGCGCCCGUGCCAGGACACCGACGGCCUUCAGCUCGUUCCCACAUCCGACAUGUGAAUUCUCCUGCUCUCGCUCGUCCUACUCGCGGGGUUGUUGAUCGAAGCUCUUGGCUUUCAUUCGCUCUCAAGACUCUGUCAUAAGCACGAACUCCUCGGCCUCCCAGGAGUCAAUCCACUCACAAACAUCGGCUCCUGUGUGAAUAUAGCACCGCAAGUGCUCAGACAGACAUCUCUCGCUUGUUCAGCGUUCCCGUCUUCACGGCAGUCCAACCGGAAGACGAUCACAAGCGCGUAAUUUCAGUACUAAGAACAGCGGAACUGCUAGCGUUGAUUAGGCGGUUGGGCGCCCCCCUCAAGAAUUAUUGAUUGUCCAUUACACUCUUAUCACAUCUCUCGACCACUUUUCUUCGGAAAAGUGAGAGUGAGCAGGUUCAGAUGUUAGAAAAACGGGAAGAGAGCCCAUAAAAUGUCAGAGAAGGCCAGAAGGAGUCGGGUACAGGGGAGCAUGUGCCGUAGGAAGCACCUUUGUACUGUACUGUACUCCAGGAGAAAAGCUCACACGGAAGGUGCGGCUCUUCCAUAACAACCUCUACGUCGACACACAAGGACGGGUGAUAUGCAAACGUUGCUGUGUUCGAACAUUAUUUACUGGCAUUGGAAUCGGCUCGAGCAAUUUGUCUUAGGGCCUCCUCAGCAGCCAACGAUGCUGCGAGACUCGUCCGUAUGGACCCCUGACACCCAGAGAUCAUUCACUCUGGGUUAGAAAUGAGUUUCAUGACCUCCCAAAUCUGUAGAAAUUCGGCUCCGUCAAAGCUCACCGCAAGAAGGCUGCAAGCCUAGCCCCCCCUUUUGUCUCCAUAACCAUAUGUUUAUCGAUUAUUGCGUACCAGGAAAGGCUGUGAAUAAAAUAGCACGAGGGCUAGAGUUUUUGAAUCAGUUGAACUCUAAGCAUCACUAUUGGGCACUCGC